AUGGAGAUGAUCAAUCUAUUUUGCAUUGCUAUACAACAAAGACGCAAAAGAAGGAGAUUUUUGGAGUUAGUUCAGCGUUAUGAACGACGCAGAAGGCCAAGGUUAUUUUUACCUAGAAUAGGGUUACAUACCCUGAGUGACAGGGAAAUUGUUCGGAGAUUCCGUUUGAAUAGAGGUUUAAUUGAGAAUCUGUAUCUGGAGAUCAAAGACUCCAUUGAACCUAUAACUUAUAGGACAAAGGCAAUCCCUGGAAUGUUAAAACUGCUGGCUGUCCUCUAUUUCCUCGCCACAGGAUCAUUUCAGGCUGUAACAAGUUUAGUUGUGGGGAUGAGCCAGGCUUCUUUUUCAAGUCAUCUAACUGUAGUAUUAAAAGCCUUACACCAACGGAUAGUGAAUUAUGUACAUUUUCCGGAAACACCAGAGGAUUGGCAUUGUGUGAAGGUGCAGUUCUAUGGGAUUGCUGGGAUGACAAACAUUUUGGGUGCAAUUGACUGUACCCAUGUGUUAGUGCAGCCUCCAAAGUUAGGAGAAUUGCCCUAUCGUGACCGCAAGCGUAACCAUUCUUUAAAUAUACAGGUCAUCUCUGAUGCCAAAUUGAAGAUUAUGAGCAUCCGGUCAGGAUUCCCAGGAGAUUCAGGCUAUUCAUGUCUCCAAUGGCUUUUCACUCCUGUGCUGAACCCCAGAACUCCUGCGCAAGUGCGCUACAAUGAGGCUCAUACAUCUACAAGAUGUGUUAUAGAGCGCACAUUUGGCGUUUUGAAAAGCAGGUUUCGUUGUUUAGACCUCUCUGGGGGAGUACUUCUAUACAAACCAAAGAAAGUAUCCCUGAUAUUUCUCAUAUGUUGCAUGCUCCACAACCUAGCAUUACGCAUGCCAGAUGCUGAUAUUUCUAUGUUACAAGUAGAGUAUGAUGACAAUGUGGCACCUUUAGAGCAAAUUGAUGCAAGUGGAGUACAAGCUCGAUCUGAUUACAUCCAUGCUCUAUUGGAACAAUGA